AUGUAUGAAUGUGAUGACUUCAGAUUCGUAAUUCUCUCCGAGGAACCAUAUGGCAUCCGAAGAUUAUUAUUGUAAGUACUGUGCACUGGAGUCUCAAGGCUUGGAUGAUCCAUUUACCUAUCAGAUAGACUCGGAGAAAAAAAAUUAUCGAGAGAUUUUUCCUGAACUUCUUCAUCAAGACUUUUAUUCCAAAUCUGAGUACAUUUGUUCCAAACAUCGCCAUGGAUCCGUGCACCAUUUAGGCUUUGUUCAAAAGGCUGGUAAAAGUGGAAGUGUGAAUGUCUCAAAUUUUAAGUACAAUAUUGCUAAUCCUGUGGCAAGGGAAGAAAAAAAGAAAGUUGAUGAGAGGACAUUGCACAAGCAUGGGGAAGUAAUUCCAAAACCUGGUACAUGCAAGGCACCAUCACCAGUAAUGGACGUGGGUAAUACAAAGUCACAAGGGGCAUUAGUAAAGAGUUCUAGUAAUAAUGGGCUAGGGAGAGCGAGUCCCUCACACCGUCAGUGCUGCUGCUGUUCUGAAUAUCAUCAUCAUACUUUUGAAUCUCCAGAAUUUUACAUUCCCAGGGAUGAUACUUGCUCAAAGCUAGAAGAAACACUCUCAAAAAACCACGGUGAAGUGAUAUUAGCCAAUGAAACAUUCCUAAACAUAAGCAAUGCAUUCUGGUAUCCAAGCUUGUGUCUGAAUCAGUUUUCUUCAGAAUUUAUUUAUACAAACUUUGAGUCUUUAUGGCCUGAGGAGAAUGUGUUGCGAGACAUUUUGCGAGACAGCAUUCAAAACACAGUCUUGCGUUCUGCCAUUCCUCAACUCACAAAGGUUGCUAUAGUUUGUGGACCAGUAGAUAUGUUAAAAUCUCUCAUCUCUUUAUCUUUAGUCAGACUUGAUACCUCAAUAGAAGAAGAGGCCGGACUCUUACAUUAUGCCUGUCUGUUCAAGAGACUGGAUAUCAUAAGUUACUUAACCAGCAUCGGAAUCCACCCAAAACUCAAAGACAAACAUGGAAAUUUUGCAGAUGCUUUGUGUUUUAGUUCCAAAAUAUAUAAACAUCUUCCCAACAAAUAUCAGCUAAGUCAUGUCAUGUGCCCCUCCCCUAAACUCCCCAGUGCACAGGAUAGAAACGUCAUCUUCACCCUGGCAAGGUCACCAAGGUCACUGUAUGAGAUUCAGAGAAUGUUACAGAUGUUUGAAUUCAAUGUGAAUACAGAGUGUGAUGAGACUGGGAACUUCCUGAUACACCUGGUCACUGAAACAGGACUUUGUCAGCUACCUCUUAUAUACAGCCUCCGACAUAUACAGUAUGCCGACAUAGAACUCUGUAACUCAGAGGGUCUGACCCCCUUAAUGAUAGCAGCUGUGGAGGGAGCCAAUAUACUCUGUGAUGUCCUUAUAUGUGUAUUUGGAGCAGAUCCCAAUAAGAGUAAUGUUCACAAUGGCCGCACAGCGUUACAUUACGCCACCCAGUACAAUCAUGUCAGUGUUGUAGGAACUUUGAUCAAGAGGGGAGCUGAUUUCAACAAGGACGAUUAUCAAGGUCUGCGACCUGAUGACCUCAAUAUCAGCGUGUAUCACCAUGACGAUUGUCUGGACAUCAUUACAUCACACAGAGCACAAAGAAUCAAACAUCUCUCAGAUGUUAUUCAGAGUGGGAUGCUGAAGAAGACAGAUCUGUGGGAGUCAGACACCAAUGUAACUGAUGAAAACAAUUUCACUCUUUUGAUGGUGGCAGCCAUUUUUAACAGACUUGAGAAUGUUAAAACCAUUCUGGAAGUUAGUACAAACUCCAUUAAUGCUCAGUAUUAUCAGCUGAGUGAGGAUCCUGACAGUGUAUACAUCACAGGUAUGACAGCUCUAAGUAUGGCAGCCAUGAGAGGAAAUGCUGAUGUUAUUCAGCUCCUUCUAUCGAAGGGAGCUAACCCUGUAAUCGCAGACAUAAAGCAGUUGUUUCCCCUUCAUCAUGCAGUGUUAAACAAUCAGGAAGAGGCUGUAAAAACAAUACUGGAGUUCUUCCCAACAUCUUACUGGGAUUUAUUUGAAGCCAUGAAAAUGAGCAAGAAGACACACAUCCACAGUAUUAUAAAACAGGCUUGGCAGAGGAGACAAGAAGAGAUUGUGAAUCCAGGUCUGUUUGAAUCCUGUAUGUCAGGAAAGGCAGAGCAAUUAUACUGUUUGUUAGAAGAAGGGGAUAACGUAGACCCAAAGAGUGGUGUGGGAAAUUGGCCAUUGUUUUUAGCUGUUGAAAAUGGACAUUUAGAAAUUGUUAGACUGCUGUGUCAGAAAGGAGCUGACAUUCGCAAGCGAUACACCCCGAAUGGAUCCACCCUUCUACACACAGCAGCCUUAAUGGGUCGUGUAGAGGUGAUAGACUACCUUCUGGAGUUGUGUCGCCCCCUGAAGAAGAGCAGCGAGGAGUACAAGUUUGGUUACUUCCAUCGGGGACUGGAUAUCAAUGCAGUUAAUAAGGAAAAUAAAACUGCCCUCCAGGUGGCUGCUGAAAAAGGAUAUUUAAAGAUUGUUAAAUCCCUUCUCUUACAUGGAGCCACUACCUCCCUUUUGGAUGCCAGUGGCACCCUUUUCUGUCUUUCUGAGUUUGGAGGAGUUUGGCAAGAAAUCAGUGACCAUAGACAAAGACAUUCUAAUCAUAUCUUUAAUUUCAUCACUCAGGACACCAAGAAAAACUUUGCGGCUCUCAUGAAAAUAUGGCUGCCUGGAUUUGAUCACAAUCUGCGAGACAAGGCGGGGAAUACCCCAUUGAUGGUGGCUUGUCAAGUAGGAAUACAGGAAAUCAUUGCCUUCCUUCUUCAAUCUGCCGUUUACCCACAAUCCUUAAUGUUUGAAGAUGAUGAUGCCAUAUCUACUUAUGAUGACAAUGACUCUGGUGUCCAGGACACAGUCUCACCAACAGCCAAUAAGAAACCUUACGCUUCUUACACAGACGAUGAUUUACUGAGAAGUUUUGAAUUCUCUCGUGACUAUGGCAAUGAAACUUUUGCCCACAGACUAGACCAUGACUUGUCAUCAAGUCGCCUAGAAACACUACUAAAUGAUGUAGAAAAACCUAAAGGACUUUCUAUCAUUCAUGAUGGACUCGUAAGUCAUGUGUGUGCAGUGAAUCCCAAUAAUGGUUGUACUGCUCUUCAUCUGACACUUGAGAAGGGAGAUAACUCAAAGAUUGUCUCCCUUUUGUUGGAAGCUGAUUCCUGCUGUGUAAACAUCCAAGACAACAAGGGUUUGAGUCCUCUCCAUUACGCCUGUAAACUUAAAAGGAAGAAAUGUGUGGAAGUUCUUUUGAGUGUCGAUGAGAUAGACGUCAAUCUACUUUCAUUGAAUGGAGGUCUGGCAGAGGACAUGACUACAGAUAAAUCUAUCAUUAAACUGAUCCAUCAUCACAGGAAGGGACAGCCUGUCAGACAAAGGAUGGAACCAAGAGGGAUUGCGCCAUCAUCAGUCUCGGACUUCUGCCUCAGGUCAACACCUAGCACACAGAUGGCUUCCACAGUUAACUUCGAGAAAAUUCAAGGAAGAUUUGAAGCUUUGAAAAGGCAGAAAAAAGAUUAAACAGUGGAAGUGAUUCUUUCAGUAGUUUUUAUUACAAGGGAUUUUAAUUUGUCCUGUCACAUUUUUAAAUGGUAAGAGUACAAUGCUGCAGAGUAGUUAUAUGGUGAAGUUUAAUUAUUAUAAUUUUUUUAAUUUUUGGUACAAAAAUUAAACUUUUACACUUGGAAAAUUCCACUUAUUGUAUUUUUCAUGAAUUAUAGAAUUCCAAGCAUAAAGCAUAACGUGUUACUGAUAUUCCUUAAUAUAUUUGAUCAAAAUGAAGAAUAUUUCACAAACAGCCAUAAGGUUGGAGGUUUCAUAUGGUACAAGUGUUAAUUUUUUAGAUGUAAGGCUCAUUAUGAGGGGUGUUUACUUGUAAUAAGAGAUCGAUAAACACGUCUGUAUGGUUGUACAUAGCACAUGUACUAAAGGAAAAAAAGUUGUUAUUAAUUGAUUGUGUUCAGUUCAUAGUUGAGGAUAGUCUUUAACUUAACAAAGAACUCAGAUGUGAAUUCAUUGAAAUUUAAUAGACCACUGUACUAUAUCAUUUGCCAGUAGCUGUAUUUACAAUAGAAAAACAACAGCGACAGAAUAAGUGCUUUUGUUAUACAAUGUGGGGUUGAUGUCCUUACAGACACAUAAACUGAUCUAUAGCUAAUAAAUCAAUUGUUGAUUAACCUUUAGUUAAUUAACCCAUUGGACACUGGUUGCAGUGUAUAAGUUGUCACAAACUUUCUGUUGUUGACCAUUUCAAAUGAAAUGGUUAAUAAUUUUUGCAUUUAUUUCAUAAGAGAAAAAAAAUCUGCAAAAUCAUAGAUCAUGUCACUUUGAAAUAAAAACUUCCUUGAAAUAAUGACUGGUACAAUUUUGAGGUGCUAACAGUUUUUCUGAUUUUUUUUAUAAUGUGUAUUUAUGUAUUUCAAAUUGAAUAAAUACUCUCAUGUUGUAAUAAUAUUUUGUAUUUGCUGCACCAGAUAGCAGAUAUUAAGACUUAAAGGUUGUUUGAAGCUUGAGAUAUUGAUGUACAAAGUGAAUUCAUUUUCUUAUAUGAAGGUCAGUACCUAAUAUUUGAAUGCUUAAUAGUGUCAAUUAAUUAUUACUAUUUGUAAAACAUUUGUUCAAUGAAGGUCAGUAUCCAAUUAAAAUGUACAUGUGUUAUCAAUGAAUUAUUGCUAUGCAAUAUUAAUUUAUCCAUAGAAAUGCCUGGUGUAUUUGUUAAUAUCAGGUUUUUUGACACUUUAGAUUUUUAAAUAUACAUAAGGAAUUUAUUAUCGCAUAAUUUUGUAAGAAGCACCGCUCACAAACAUAGGUGCUUAGAUUUAAAUCUACAUGUAUAUGAAUUUGUAUGUACAUUUAUAUGUAUAUUAGGUAUCAUAUGAAUUCAUAUAGAUUAAAACCAAAGGCCAAGCACCUGUGCUCACAAAUAAAAAAUAUAAAUACUCUUUAUCGUUAUAUUGCUGAAAUAUAUCUAAACGCUCAAUCAGUGUUCCACUCGCCAAUUCGUGUUCUCACAAUUUGACGUCUACCGUCAUUUUGUGAUAUUAAGUACUUGCAUAAAACAAAGAAUCUAACAUUACUGUAUGAUAGUCCGAACACUGUAUGAAGAAAUUGAUACAUUCACUGAAUAUUUUCUCCUUUAUAUGAAAUCCAUUUCCCUUAAUUAAUCCAUUAACUCUGAACUAGUCUAGUUAGAGAUGACC